GCACCCAUAGUCACAAACACAACCCUUACAAUCCUACGGCUCAUUGGGAAGUACAUCCAGAUGAUGAGAUUGCUGCAGCCAAUAGCCUUUGAUGUCAUGGUGUGCCUCAGUCAUCUCUUUGAUUAUUACCUGUACACAGUCUUCAUGUUCUUUGGGGAAAGGGGAGAACUGGAACAGAAUCUCAGCCGACGCCUUCGAACGUCUCUCAAAAGAAUCCAAGACACGUUGAUUCUCACUUCAGAGGUGUCUCAGGAGGAACCCACUGAUCAAGACAAGGUGCCAAGUCCUUCCAUAUCCCCUGUAGUGGACACAACCUCAGCAGAAAGCAUAUAUGGGCUGCCGGUGCGGGUAGUGGCUGUAGAAAGCCUGGCAUUCCUGGCAGUGCAGUUGGAGGCCUUGCACUGCCACAUUGAACCUCUCAUUCCACAGCAGCGGAGAACCUUCUUGCAGCAGUUCUACACGGGCACUGUCAAGAUCACCCCUGAGAUUCGCCACCAUGUUUACACAGCCGUAGCCUCUCAAGUGAUAGACUACGAUGGUAUUUUGAAUCGUAUGUCCAAUGUUAAGUGGGAUAUAAAUGACCUCAUGAGCCAGCACAGCCAGUAUGUUGACGUUCUACUUAGACAACUUCAGGUUUUGAGCAUGAAGUUAGAGGAAGUUAGCAGAGUAUCCCCAAUACCAGCAGAGGCAUACAAUGCACUCUGGGAAUGCAUAGUGCGCAUUACCAACCGCACUUUGUUGGAGGGCUUUGCUUCUGCUCGAAGGUGCACCAAUGAGGGACGAUCACUGAUGCAACUUGACUAUCAGCAAUUCCUCAUGAAACUUGAGUGCCUAACCAAGGUGCGCCCGUUACCUGAUAAGCACCUGGUGGAAACGUUCAUCAAGGCUUACUACCUACCGGAGGGAGCGCUGGAGGAAUGGGUGCAACAAAAUGGCACUGACUACUCGCCCAGGCAGCUGAACGCCCUUAUGUCCACCAUGACGCACGUGAAUAAGCGUACCCGGCAGAAGAUCUCAAACCUGCUAGAGGAGCAGUGUCGGAGGUGAUGUGACAGAUGGAGAAGGACGGAGGACAGAUAGCAACAGGGUAGUGUGGCUUGUGUGUAUUGCAAGGGCUGAAGGAUAAUCUUUGCCAGAGCUUAGAAAGAUUUCUUAAACUUUAGAUUUUUUUUUAGGGUAUGUUUCCCACCUCCCAAAAAGAAUUGAAGAAAAAUUAUUCUUUUAGUUUCAUAUUUUAUUCCAUCUGCUUUUCACCAUUCUAUCUUAGCUUUUCUUUAAAGAAAUUUAUUAGUAAUUGGCUCUCAAGUACUUUUAUAAGCAUAUAAUUUUAAACAUCAUCAUAAUGGUGCAUUUAUUUUGAGGUAAAAAAGUCACUAGAAAUAGACUUGGAAAAUGUGUCAAUUUGUCUUCAUUUUAUCUUUGCUACAUUUAUUAGCAAAUUAUGUCUAUCAUACCUGUACAUAAAACCUGUUUCUAUAUGAUUUUUCAGUCUUUUCAUUCAGUGAAAUUGCCCAUUAAAGAACAAAACAUAAUUUUUAAGCAAUAUUAUCUCCAUGAAAUAUAUUUUUAAGGUAAUGAACUUGAAUAAACUGUUAUUGUUCAGAGAGUACUCUGGAGUAGACGUUUUUGUUAUCUCUUUUUAUGUGUAUAGGAAGAUGGUAUUGGAUGAUAUAUGAACAUGUGCUUUAAGGUAU